GCUGCUGCCAGGGGAGGGGGAGCAGAAAGUUUGGAAUGGCACAGGAGUGGAAGGGAAGGAGUUAAUUCAUUGAGUACCUGUUUGAGGAGCAGCUAUCUGGACGCCACGCCCCCACAGCCAUGGCUGACACCAUCUUUGGCAACGGGAGUGACCAGUGGGUGUGUCCCAAUGACCGCCAGCUUGCCCUUAGGGCCAAACUCCAGAGCGGCUGGUCCGUGCACACGUACCAGACGGACAAGCAGAGGAAAAGCCAGAGCCUCAACCCUGCCGAGUUGUCGGCCAUCCUGGAGGUGAUCCAGAGGGCCGAGAAGCUGGACGUUAUCGAGCAGCACAGAAUCGGGGGCCUCGUGGAGCGGCUGGAGAACAUGAGGAAGAACGUGAUGGGAAACGGCCUGUCUCAGUGCCUGCUGUGCGGGGAACUGCUGGGGUUGCUGGGCGGCACAGCCGUUUUCUGCCGGGACUGUAAGAAGAAAGUCUGCACCAAGUGUGGGAUUGAAUCCUCCAGCGGCCAAAAGCGACCUCUGUGGCUCUGUAAGAUCUGCAGCGAGCAGAGAGAGGUCUGGAAGCGGUCGGGUGCCUGGUUCUACAAAGGACUCCCCAAGUACAUCUUGCCACUGAAGACGCCCGGCCGGACGCACGAACCACACCUGAGGCCCCUGCAGUUCGAGCUGCCCCCCUACCAAAGCACAGAGAGCCUCCUGGCCAGCCGCUCCUACACCUGGGCCAGGGGAAAAGUGGUCUCCAGUGACAGUGAAAGUGACUCGGAAUUGAGCUCGUCCAGUCUGGAUGAUAAGCAUUCCUCCCAAGGAAACAAGGACUCCAAGAGUGAUACUCCCCACGGGGAAUCGGCUCUGAACGUCAAGGCCCCAAGGGUGGCAGGAAGCAGAGCGUCGAGCACCGCCUACUCCGAGAGCCGGACCGGCCGGGUGGGCCCCGAGCCCGGGGGAGGCCACGGCACAGAAGAUGGUGGGACUGGGGACCCACAGGGGGACUCCUCAGACAGGGAUGGCGGCAGGAAGGCUCCCGGCAAGAGACGCCCACAGACAGGUCCACGUUACUGAUGGAAGCCCAAAACCCGCCUUAGCCCGGCAAACAGUCUGGCUGUUGAGUGUUCACCUGAACACAAUUUUGAGAGUCCCGGACUGGAGCUUUUGCGCUCUGGGCACUGAGCCAGAGUUAUUGGCCUGACUGUGUGUCAUCAGAAACCGGGGACCAAGACCUCGCCCCUCAACUCCAAGAUAAAUAGGUUGGAUCUGAAAGAGGACAACUCCCGGAAGAAUGUUCUUUGCCUGUUCCCAUUCCAACCUCCCUCAAAGAUUUCUCUGGAUCAAUGAAUUUGUGGUAUUCGAGCACUUACUGUGUGCAGAGCACUGUACUAAGUGCUUGGAUCAGGGGGCCCUUGUCACUGAGGGUGAUGAGGUGUUUUGAAGUUGAAGCUUCAAGGCAGGACAUCUAAGCUUGUGGUUGGGGUAAACUGAGGAUUGGCCAAUUCUCUGGCUUGUCUGAGUGAGGUUUUCUCCAGCCAGGCCAUCCCCCAGCCUUCAGGGUUAACCUCAGCUACUCCCCAGCAGUCUCUCUUGUCCUGAGAUUCAGACCAUCCUUCGACUUUCUCUUCCAAGUGUCCCCUAGGCCUGGUGGAGGUGACCCUUCUCAGAACCACUCAGGUGGGACUGAACUGUCUACGUGGGUGAUGUCUGUGAGUGGGCAUUGACAAGACCCCAGGUUACAGGCUUUUCUCUUCUGUGAGGGGAAAAAAAAAUCAAAGCACUGACUUCCCUAGAGCCUCCCCAAAGCUUGGGGAAAGCAGCAGGAACCUCACCAAAGAAACUCUAGGGAAACUAAAUGAGGUUUCGAUGCAGAAUUUGCCAAGCCUUCUCAUAGCAAUUUCAACCUGUUCCUCAGCAAACUCAGUUGAGCAAAGCAGACCGCUCCUGCUGCUGCCAGCACUGCACGUGGCCUUGUGUUUGCAGGCUUGUUCUUUGUUCUCUCUACCUGACUUAUUAUCUCCUUUACUUUGUAGAGUCCCAGAGUAGUCACUCUUCCUCAGGGGGGAUGGGAGGGGAGAGUCAGAACAAGUCCGUAUGCACUAUAAAAUCACCUCUGUGUCCUGAACAGCAAACCUACAUUUUUAUCCCCUGGCUAGCUAAUCUUUUCUCACUCCCCAGUUGAGGUGCUUUGUUUGGUUCCCGAAGUACUUCAUUUUUCUUUGGGGCAUUUCACCUGUCUUACAUGCGUGUAAAUACUUAAUUCCCAAUUGCCAGCCAAUGGUUUUGGAAAAGUGUUUGCUAGAAAUGGGCAUUUCAUCGUUGAUUGUGUUAAAGUGUCAAUAUUCA